AGAGGGAGAGGGAGAGGAAGGGUGAGAAGGGAAGAGAGUCGGUACCAGGGUCAAGCCGGAGACCAUUGGUGGGAAUUCAAAUGCACAUGUAUUUGUUUAGUUUCUUGAGUCAUGUGAUAUUUCCUUGUUCUACGACAACCUUUUGUCAAUUAGACACUCGUUCCAAAGUGACUAACAGUGGAUGGGAGACGCGGUUUCUGUCAUUAAGAAGCAGGAAGGGACCAUGGACUUGAGCCUGCGAGAUGCUCUGGGUGGGGUGGGGGGCGGUCGGGGGGGCCUGGCGCCCGGGGCCGGGGCCGGGGACGGCGUGAUGAAGAUGGACUUCAUGUCCUCGCUUGAGAAGGAGACCUACGACGACAAGGUGGGCGAGACCAUGUCCAAGAGCGACUACCGCCCCCUGCUGGACGGGAAGGACGGAGCCAAGGGCAGCGGUCCCGGGAUGAUGUCAUCGAUGAUGUCUUUGGGGGGUCGCCAGGACCCCGCUGGACAGCCGGCCUUCAGCUCUGACUACCUGUCAGGUCCUAAGAACCUGGUGGGUGGUGGGUCUGACCCGUGGAGUCAGACCAAGACCAAGGACAGCAGCGUGACUGACUCCAUGCUAGGGUUCUCCCAACCUGGGAUGGGUACAGGUCUGGGUAUGGGCAUGGGAGCCGGCAUGCCCCCCUCCUUCCAGUCCGGCAUGAGCUCCCCCAGUCCAGCUGGAUUCGCCCAGGCAGCUCCAGGUUUUGGACUGGACCCUAAGACCGCUGGCAGCACCGGGGGCAGCUCUCCCCUCAAGACCUCCCCCGGAUCCGGAGUCCACUCCAUGGAUCAGUUCUCAGCAGCUCCCGCCCUCUCCCCCAGCGGCUCAUUGGAGGACAGCAGCUCCGCCUCCUCUGCCUCGGAGCCCUUGGGUCCACACAGAACUGGGCCCGAGGGAGAGGUUGCCAGGCAACAGCAGAGGAGGAGGAAGAAGAAGAGGAAGAGCCGCGACGAGGUCUACAACAUGCUGGACAGGCAGAACGGCCAAUCGGGGAGCAACGGGAUGAUAAGCCCCGCCUCCACUGAUAUCACAGCAACUGAGAGGGGAGGAAGGGAGGAAGACGAUGGGGAGGAAGAGGAGGAGGAGGAGGAGGAAGAGAGCUGGGAGUGGGAUAUCAAGGGGAGGGGAGGAGGAGGUGGAGGAGCAGCAGCAGGGGGAAGGGUUAGAGGGAGGAAGAAUAAGAGUCGGAUGAGGCUCCCAGAGGAGUGGGGCCCUCCGCAGGAGCCCCCGUCCCCCAGCCAUCCCGGGGUGGGGGCCCCACACCGGGGACCGGACGCUCAGCCUGGCCCCGCCGGCUCCAAGCCUCUCGGCUCCCCCACCUGCGUCACAAACCCUGCCCGCGCUGGCGUAGCCGCACGCGAGUCCUCCGCACGCUCCUACGAGCCCAUGUGCGUCGAUGACUUCCCCUCGACCGCCCAGGACAGCCGAGCUCACGCUAAGGGAGCAGAGGCUGCUAGCGACCCCGCCGCCGCCGCCGCCAUCAGCAGCGUGGCUAACGCCCCCAAAGCUGACGCGGCGGACGACAGCGGCAGCCUAGCCCUGCUGUCGGGGGAGAACCUGAGUCCGGUCUCCCAGACCUUCUCCUUCCUGGACUCAGUGCUCCAGACACCGCCGGCCUCCACCCCCAGCUCCCAGACCACCACCCCCCUCACCCACACACCCUCCAUGGUCGCAAAGACCACCCUGCCCGACACCACCGCCGCCACCUGCCUACAGACCUCCACCGCUUGCCACCCCACCGCUUGCCACCCCACCUCCUCCCCCUCCAAGAACACUCCGGAGGUGUCUCUCACCACUCUCGCCCCGCCCUCCACCCCCUCCCCUUUAGCCGCUGCCGCCGCCGCAGUAGACCCACCCCCCUCCGCUCCCAUUGGCUCGGGGCUGAACCCCGACGCCAAGCCGUUCGUUCCGUUUGGCUCCUCCCCCCCCGGCGUCGUGUCCUCCGCGGCUAGUUUAAGCUGCGCGGCCACGCCCAGCCAGAGUUUGACCACUGCUCCCCUUGCUAGCACCGUAGCGCCCCCUCCCGCGGUUAGCAUCCCCACUCCCGCCGCCACCACGAGCCCACCGUCCCCACCGCCUGCCUCCGUCACCUCCGUCACCCCCACCACCCCACCUGCUCCCUGUCUCCCUGCACACUCAGAGCACCGGGACGCCUCGUCGCCACCACCGCCAACAAUCCCCCUGCUGGAAGGGAAACCAGACAACAAGGACAAGCAGGAGAAGGUUGACGACAAGAAGGAGAAGGAGAAGGAGGUGCAGAAACAGGAGCUCCAGGACAAGGGCCUGAAGUCGGAGAAGAUCCUGAAGGAGGAGGAGGCGGUGAAGGCAGAGAAGUCGCUCCUGGACAGGAACGAGAAGAUGGGCGAGAAGAUGGGCGAGAAGAUGGGCGAGAAGAAGGACAAGCCGGAGAAGACCAACAAAGAUGAGAAGGAGGAGGAGAAGAAGAAGGGAGAGGAGAAGAAGGUGGAAAAAGAGGAGAAGGGGGGGAAGGCCGUGGCCAAGUCUCCCACCGCUGCUAAGGGUCUGCCCAGCCCCAAUGGGAAGAACAAGCCUGACGCGGGGUUGGCCAAACCAAACGCAACCAAAUCCCGCCCAUCCACACUUUCGACCAAUGGUGAGGCCAGCUCGGCCAAGCGCCCCUCCCCCACCACCGCCUCGGCCAAUAAAAAAAGCCCCGGUACCAAGGCGACCACUCCUACUGCGGCCAAGAAGGCUGCCAAGACUCCAGACAACAGCACAGCCGAGAAACGCCCAGCUGUGCCAAAGGCCACGCCCACUCCCCGUGCGAGCGUCAAUAAGCCCGCCUCCCCAGGUAACAAGGUGGACAAGCCUGAGGGCAAAGCCGCAGACACCAAGAAAGCUGCCACCCCUAAGACCACAGCUCCCCGUCCCCGCCCCCGUCCAGCCCCGGGCCCCUCCCCCUCCCCGACUCAGGGCGCUGCCGCCGCCUCCAACGGCGAGCUGUCCCACCGCCGCCGGACCCUGACCAAGCCCCCCGUGCCCAAGUGCAGGAGUGUCUGUGACCUUGGUGUCUUCUGGGUCUGGUGUUCUGGUCUUCACAGCCAGAACACCAGACCCAGACCCACUGUGUUCUGA